UGACCACUGGCCCAGAUACUUCACCGUCUUCGGGAAACCGUCGUCAUUACCCAGAUUAGCCUCGACGACAUUGAUGUGCCUGUCGCGUUCCGUGUUCGAGCCCGAGUGUAUUGUUUUCAGCGACGCGUCGCUCAAUGUCGGCGUGGCCUGUGACACACCCAGAGGCGCCUCCAGCAGCUUCGCUUUCGAGCGUCUACCCUGACUGAACGCCUCGAAAUCCUCCCAUCCGCUGAAGUCCUUCCCGCCGAAGCCGCUGAGGCUGGCACUAUUGGGACCGAAGAGACCGAGGCUGUCCGACUUGAAGUCUUCCAUAUCGACGUCCGCCCUCGGAUUGACCCACUCGAACCCAGAUACCUAACCAGGGUUGGCAGUAGGGGUGUCGUCCUUGUCGCUGGCUGCGUUACCAUCGUUCAUCUUGAUGUAUGACCGCCGGGUGAAAGCUUUGAAGUUCUUGGUGGAGCAAGGCCAAGCCUGAAGCUGAGAGGAUGUCAGGCAGUGCAGGCCAAAUGAAGAAAGCGGGAAUGGGCAUUGGUGCUGGGCCCGGUGCUGGGCCCGGUGCUGGGGUGGGAGGAGCUGGCGGGUUGAGUCAGGCAAAGGAAGGGAAAGAAAUUAUGGAUGAGGAGCAGAUCGAGCUCGGCCUUCAGCAAUUAAAUCUCCUCCAUGUCAAGUGCCGAGAACUGCGAACCACGAUCCAGUGCAUGCUCGAGUCGAUACCUAGCAACUCUACUCCCGAGGAGCUCUAUGCUAGCUUUGUGAAAUCGAUUGCUGUCGCCAGCGGCCAGAUUAAGGACUUUGGCGCUUUAUACAAUAGCGAGGAGAGCCGGAAGGUCCUCGAACAGGCCAAGAAGAGCCGCGACGCGAAUCCUAAAGGCAUCAAGCCUUGGAGGGCAAAGGACCACCCUGAUUGGUUUGACCUCGCCCGCCGGUCAAAAACUCCAUCAAAUUCACAAUAGUUUUUGAGGCUACUUUACCAGAUAUUGGGCUUGCCACGGCGUCACGGUGUAUUCUUGAGGCUGCGAGGAACCAUUAGUAUACUAAUUUGGUGUGGGCAAUCCGUGGGCACAUAGAUAGGAAUUCUUCUACAUAUCUAGGUAUAUCAUGGUUGAUGGUGAGUAUCUAGUCUGGCUAACGGGAUCGUGGAGGGGCUUUCUCCCAUCGUGGGCGUCUAGGUCCUCGGUAACUACCUAUAUGGUAUCAUUAAAAAGGCAGUCCCAGGGCUAUAUAUACUGGGUUUAUUUUUUAUCUUUUUUAAAAAAGACUUCUUAUGUGCCAUCUAUUUACCGGGUCUUCCAUCUUCGUCGCUCUCCAUUAUUUGCCUGCGUGUGGCUGUCCAUCGUGUUUCCUGAGCUCGUAGAUAUGGGGCGCCUUUGGUAAGG